UUAAAUGGAAUUGAGAAGUUUUCUCAAUCUCUCUGGUGUUCGUUCUCCCAAUCUCUCGGUGUUCGUUCUCCUCAAUCUCUCGGUGGUUGUUCUCCUCAAUCGCGCCAUCACCAGCAUUGCUCCCGUAGCUUCCUUACCUUGAUUUGGUAUUCUAAUUUAGCUAGUGAAGAUUAGAGAGAGAAGAGGUCAUUUAUGGAAUUCAGGGGUGAUGACGAAGACGAAGAACUUUCUUCCGCUUCAUGGAGAGGGGAAGAAGAGGUCACCAGCUAGCAAGUUUGGAAAAUCUCAUCACAUGAUUCCGAUGAUUUGCUUAGAUCCCGAACUCCGUUAUAGUUUCCAGCGUAACUUCUAGGUCUCUCUUUCACUCGCUCUAUCUCUUUCUACAUUAUUAACGAAUAUGUUGCGGCAAUAUGUUGAUUUAGGAUAUUAAUUGUUGUUAGAGGGUAUGAAAUUGACAAAAAUAUGUUGUGAUCCGAAACCCUCCCUUGCUGUCCCUGCCGUCCGAAACCCUUUCUGAAGCCGCUCCCCUCCUACAGCUGUCGGCUUACAGUUUCAAUGAGAGCAGACCAAGGAAAACAUAUGGCAAACAGAGCUGUUUUCAAUCCAACAUUCUCCCUAAAUCUAUGGUAAGGAUUGGGCUGGCUUAUGUUCUCUGCAGCGGUAGUUUAGUUGCUGCCUUGUUUCUAAACGACAAACCUUCUGUUGCAUCUUCUGCUGCACUAUUUGGAUUGAUUAGCACUAUGCUUUCAGCUCUUGUCCAAAACUGGACAACUUACAACAAUAAGUUGACAGCUAUUGCAGUUUUAGUAUCUGUUUCGAUAAUCAAUAUUGUAAUGGGUCUUGCUGCUGUUUUCUUUUGGGAUUUGUGCUGCUGUUUAAACAUCAACUUGGAAAAUGACUCAAGGAAAAUGUGCUUUCUUUGAGUAUGAAGUAAAAUGUUCUGCCAAGUUCAUAUUCGUGGAAUUAAUGAUGGGGACUGCUGUGGCUGUUUGUUGUGGUGUUAAUAUAAGGGAGUAUUGUUGGUGGUGUAAAUAUUUGGAUUAUGUUCCUUCCAAAUGGUGGAGCUGUAAUGGAGAUCAAAUGAAGUGUGAGAUGGGUGUGAGUACAUGGCAAUUGACACUGACUUGCAUGAGUAGUAGUGAUAGUAAAAUACGGUUGUGGGCUGAAGACAAUACUCAAAAUGGGUGGAGCACUGAGAAAUAGAAGACUUCAAGCUAAAAGGCACUGGGAAAUAAAAGAUUGUCCAAGCUGUUAUGCCGUAAAUGAUGGAUAGUCGUUUAAGGAUUCUGUGUGAAAGUGUAAGAGAAAAUAGUAAAGUUCGAACUAACUAUUUGAAAAU